AACAGACACACAAGACGCAUUCAACAAGUAAGUAUGAAGUCCUGCAGUGUGUGCAUCAUACUGAGCCUGGCAGUCACAGUCUACUGUGUGCCUGCAUCCCAAGUCACUGCGCAAGAUGAAGGUUAUGCAGAGAGCUAUCUAAAGGAAUUCUUCAACCUAACAGAGGAGACUGGUCCAACUAUCAGACGGGGGAUCAGCCCGUUGACCAAGAAGCUGACUGAGAUGCAGAGAUUUUUCCGUCUCCAGAUCACCGGGACGCUGGAUACUGAGACCCUGGCGGUGAUGAAGAAGCCCCGCUGUGGCGUUCCGGACAGCAAUGUUGCCCAUUUCUCCACAUUUGGACGUAACCCCAAGUGGGAAGGAAAAAGCCUGACUUUCAGGAUAGAGAACUACACACCUGACAUGUCUCCGUCAGAGGUUGAUGAAUCCAUAGAGAAAGCUCUGCAGGUUUGGGCCAAAGUCACUCCUCUGAGAUUCACAAGGAUCUACAGCGGCACGGCUGACAUCAGGAUCUCUUUUGUAAGCGGAUCACAUGGGGAUUUUUACCCUUUUGAUGGCCCUGGUCGCAUUCUUGCCCAUGCCUUUGCCCCAGGACCUGGCAUGGGAGGAGAUGCUCAUUUUGAUGAGGAUGAGAACUUCACUUACCGCUCAAGCAGAGGUUUUGUGCUCUUCAUGGUGGCUGCCCAUGAGUUCGGCCACUCUCUAGGCUUGGAUCACUCUGAGGAUCCUAGUGCUCUCAUGUACCCCACGUACUCCAACAAAAACCCUGACACCUUUGUUCUAUCCCAAGAUGACGUCAACGGCAUCCAGUCUCUUUAUGGUCCAAAUCCUGACAAGGAUCCAUCGGUAGAUGAACCUCAACCCCCCACAGACCCUGAUUCCUGUGAUUCAACCAUGGUGUUGGAUGCUGUCACAACCCUGCGAGGAGAAAUGCUCUUCUUCAAAGACAGCUUCUUCUGGCGAAGCUACCCUCAAAGCGGGACAGCUCAGCGAAGUCUCAUCACAAACUUCUGGCCAAAACCCCUCACCAACAUUGACGCCGCUUACGAGAGCCAACAGUCAGACAAGAUCUUUCUCUUUAAAGGUCGUAGAGUGUGGGCCUUCACUGGCUAUGACCUUGUUCCUGGCUAUCCUAAAACACUUACUAGCUUUGGUCUGCCAAAAGGCGUGAGACAAAUCGAUGCGGCCCUCUAUGACACGGAAUCUGGCAAGACUCUGUUUUUUGUGGGAUCCAAAUACUUCAGUUAUGACGAGGCUAGAAAAACCAUAGACAGGGGAUUUCCCAAGAGAGUGGAUCAGGCUUUUCCAGGCCUGACCAGGAAUGUGACUGCAGCUUUCCAGUACAGAGGUUUUACUUACAUCUACAGUGGACCAUACAUGCUUGAGUAUGACCUGAGGACUGGGAGGUUGUUCCGUGUUUUAAGGAACAACUACUUCCUGCGCUGCACCAACUUCUAGAACAGUUUAUUAGCUACAUUGUUUAACUGUUAGUAGAGUACAUUUUACAGUUUUUAAUCACGAUUAAUCACAUGAUUUAUUGGCUAUUUAUUGUAAAAUGUGAUAUUUAAUUCAAAAGUACUGUAUUACACACUUUUAUCAAUGCAAUAAGGUGCUAAAGCAGUAUUUCCUUUACACAGUAGCAGUUAAAAUAUUUCUUGUAAAUCUCAAUCUAAAAAGUAGUUUAAUGAAAUAAAACACAAAACCAAAGCCAUUGCCACUCUGAGUAUUAAUGUUUUAUCUAGUUUCUUACAUUAUGGCAGGCACCUUUUGAACAACAGCAUGUUGAGGCCCACUUCAACUUGCCGAGACGAGUGAUUACACCCCUCCUAGGCGAAUACUGAACAAUAUCCCCCUUUCCCUGUGACCUAUGGUGUGUACAGUGGCGAGUGUUGGAAUAUGAUAAAUGUCUUCAUCUGCUGGUAUUUUAUCACUGUGUUCAAAUGUAAAACCAACGCUGUAUAAUAGUGUGGUAUUCAAGCCUCAAGUGCUGUAUUCCGUGAAUGAAUGUUUCUCUGUUUUCUGCAUGUGGAAAAAGUUUACGUGUGUAAGAUUGUGUAUGCUAUGCACCCAGAAUAUUUACAAACUGGUGUUAAGCAAUUCAUGCUUCAUUUACCUUUGAUACUUAUAUACAUAUCACAUGUUACAUUAUAUAGUGGUUUUGUUAAUUGUUUAACAUGUAUCUGUUUCAGAACCACACAUGCUUGUUUGACUACUAUCAAUAAACCUCUCGAGGGAA